GACCAAUUCAACCGAUUGACUAAAAACUUUUUUUUUUUCUUUUUUACUUUUUUACAGCAGAGGCAAAUGCAAAUGCAAAUAUGUUCUGUCAGUGGAAGAAGGAGAGGAAGUGUAGCGGCAAAGGGUUGAGAUUCGGGGAGGCAGUUGUGGAGUUGCGACGGCUGAGAUCGGGGAGGCAGUUGGCCGCCGUGACUUUGCUACUCUAUUUUCUUUCUGCUUUUUGGUUGCUUCUGCAUAGAGAUGAAGGGCUUGCUUUCUGGUUUUGCUUCUGCAGAGACGAAGGACUGGAAGCUGCAGACGGAGGCCACGAGCAAGUAGCAAGUUCACGAUUUCUGGCUGAGAUCGGGCAAGGAAAGGCCGACGGUGGUGAUUGGUGCGUGGUACCAGUGGGCCAAAACGGGUUAAGGUACUGGCUCAACCCGUUUUCAAGCUUGGGUCCAGUUCAACCAAUUCAAUCGACCGGGCCGGGCCAGGUCCAGAAACACUAAUUGAACAAGCAUCAUUAUAUUCAAACUAGCGAGUAUUAUUGAAGCUCUAAUUUAAUCUGAGCUGAAUUGCAAAGUUACCUGUCGUGACUGGUUUUCGCUCAGCCUAAAGGAGGGUCUCACUGUUUUUCGUGAUCAGGUAUAACUUGUUAGUUAUCAGGUUCUACAUGUUACAUCAAAGUAAAAGUUUGAGUAUGUG